AUGAAGUACUUGGUUGCUAUCGCAAUCAGCCUCGGCGCUGCUGCCGCUGUCGCCGUUCCCGCGAGCGACACCAGUUCCUCCUCCUCCGAGCUUGCCAGCGAAACUCUUGUUUCCAGUUCCUCCUCUGAUCUUGCCAGCGAGACUAGCUUGGCCGCCAGGGACCCCCAACGUCGCCCUCGUCCUCGUCCUCGUCCUCGCCCAGCUACCAUUACCAUCACUGAGACCGCUACUUCUUCUACCACACAGCCAGCCUCUACCGUCACUGUCACCGCGGAGCCUUCUACUGUCACCGUCACUGUAGUUUCUACCACCACUACCAUGGAGGUAACCACUGCUACUACUACCGAGGCGACUAUUGAGACGACCACCCACGCAACUACCGAGACUACUACCGAGGCGGCCACUGCUACUACUACGGAGCAGAUCACGGCUACUACCACGGAGGCGACCACUGUUACCAGCAUGGAAGAGCCUACAACCAGCACCGAGAUCAGCCUCGUGCCCACGACUACUAGCGAAACUACCACGACUACCGAGUCGACUACAUCCGAGGCCGAACCAACCACAACAACCACCACGGUUCCCCCGACUACCACGUCCGAUACCACCACAGCAGCUCCCGGUACCACGACGGUUGCUGUCCAACCCACCGCCACGACCACUGCCACGACCACCGCCACGGGCACGACCACGACCACUGCUCGUGUCUCGGUAUUUGCUUUCUUGUGGUUAAUCCCGUCAUGGUGGAGUACGGAGGAGAUGUGGUAA